AUGAAAAUGAAAAAGUUACCAAAAGACUUAGUCCAUUCAGACUAUAAGUUCAAAAUAAUCCUAAUUGGAGAUGCUGCUGUUGGCAAAACAUCAUUCCUGUUAAGAUUUACAGAAAAUAAAUUCACAGAAGACCAUCUAGCUACUAUAGGGGUCGAUUUCCAAUCCAAAUGUCUUAGUUUUGGCAAAUAAGAUAAUCAAGCUACAGAUAUGGGAUACUGCUGGACAAGAAAGGUUCAGAUCAAUUACAAGAUCUUACUAUAAAAACUCGCAUGGAUGAUUAGCCAUCUAUGAUAUCAGUGAUGAAAGCUCCUUUGAGAAGAUUAAAGAGUUGAUCGAAUACUAUAAAGAAGAGAGUGAAGCCCGACUCCCUUUUAAUGUAAUUUUGAUAGGAAAUAAAUCAGAUCUCGAUCUUGAUAGGCAUGUCCCAACUCUUAAAGGAAAAAUGUUAGCUGAAGAGUACGGGAUACCUUUCUUUGAGACUUCAGUAAAGAACGACCAAAAUGUAGAUGAAGCAUUCAUGGCUGUGGCUGGGGAGGCUAUCAAGAGUACGAAGUAUAUUGAUGAAAAAACUACUGAAAAUGUCAAGAAACUUCAUGAUACUUUGAUGAAGCCGAAAAAGAAAUCGAAAUGCUGCUAAGUGCUCAAUAGGACCUUUUUGUAU